GUUUACGUCACGUGAUUCAUGUCACGACGUCAGUAAUCUGUCAGUCAGUGUCAGUUGAUCUGUGAGCGUGUACGGCGUAUCAAAGUAUCCAAAAAGUGUUAGUGUGGUAAAUUUCUCGCACAUUCUUAUUAGAAUCUUGUUUGGUUCUAUUGCUACGUCGACUCUCUAAAAUGGUUUACCAACGUGCGCCGACCGUGGUGGGAGUGCCGAACUUCAACGCCACUGAAGAUGCAGCGGCGCUGCGAGCUGCCAUGAAGGGCUUCGGUACUGAUGAGCAGGCUAUCAUCGAUAUCCUCACCACCAGGUCCAACGCCCAGCGCCAGGCCAUCGCCAAGGCUUUCACGCAUGAGUAUGGAAGGGAUAUCAUCGAAGACUUAAAAUCGGAGUUAGGAGGUCACUUCGAGGACGUGAUAGUGGCCCUCAUGAUGCCCCCCGAGGAGUACCUGUGCAAGGAGCUGAACAAGUGCAUGGAGGGGCUCGGGACCGAUGAAGACACGCUCGUGGAGAUCCUGUGCACCAGAACCAAGCCAGAGAUCGCGGCCAUCGUGCAGGCCUAUGAAAGGAUGUACGACCGCCCCCUGGCCGAGCACAUGUGCUCUGAGACGUCGGGAGACUUCAGGAGACUGCUCACCCUCAUCGUGACUUCUGUGCGACAGGGCGCGCGGGACGAGGAGGCGGGAGUGGACCCCGAGAAGGCGCGCGAAGAUGCGCAGGCGCUGUUCGACGCCGGGGAGGCCAAGUGGGGGACUGAUGAGGAGGUCUUCAAUAGGAUCCUAGCGCACGAGAGCUUCUCGCAGCUGCAGCAGAUCUUCGAGGAGUACAAGAACAUCUCGGGCCGCACCAUCGAGCAGGCCAUCAAGGCCGAGAUCGACGGAGAACUGAAGGACGCGCUCUCGGCUAUUGUGGAGUGCGUGGAGAGCGCGGCGGCGUGGUUCGCGACUCGCCUGCGCCACGCCAUGCAGGGGCUCGGCACUGACGACCGCACGCUCAUCCGCAUCGUCGUGUCCCGCUCCGAGAUCGACCUCGGCGCCAUCAAGCAAGAAUACGAAAGACUUUACGAUAAGACCUUGGAGAGCGAAGUCAGGGGCGAGACUUCUGGGGACUACAAGCGCGCCCUCGUCGCGCUGUUGGGACCUGUCUAAGGAGGAAUACUACAAACGUACAAAAUGGAGUAUUUCAACGCACAAGAUAGUAUUUCGGCCUAAAAAUCAAGUUUACUGUAUCUGAAACAUACAGGAUUCGUCUCUCAACACACUGCAAUACCGAUAGAGUUAUUAAUCUCGGUAUCGUCACCUUAAUUUCUGCUGACACUCCAUUUGUUCAUUACUCUCAAUUUGCUUGUGUCGUGUGCUAGGAUUACUCUUUAUACUCGAUAUAGUUUUGUUAGUAUUUCGUGUUUAGAAAACUUUUAAUAUGUAUACGAUCGGCAGACCUAAAAUAGUACAUUAUUAUUAAGACGUAAUUUAUUUUAAGCUUAAUUAAACUAAGCAAAUUUUUUGAGCUGCUGAUAAGUGUCCGCUUUCAAUUACGAAUGCAAUUAAAGUACAUUUUUUAUGUUUAGAUUUACUAUGAAUGCUUUAUGGCAAUUUUGAAGUUAAUUUUGUGUGACGAUGUCCCCCGAUAUAUAUUUAUACGUACAUCUUACUUAUUAAUGCUUCUUCUAAAGUUUGCUUACAAGUAGUAUUACAAGUAAAAAUAAUAGAUACUACAAAAAUUGUUAUUUGUUUGUUGAUUUAAGGUAGGCAGCUGAUGUUAAAGUAGUGAUUACAUAACAUGUAAUCAAUAACAUUAGAUGUUAGCAAUCCUGCCUCAGCGGUGCCUUAGCUGAAGAUAUAUAUUUACCGGAGAGUUUUUUUAGCAGAGAUAAUUAUAUGUAUUGAAAAUAAAUAAUGAACAUUUGUUUGAGAUUGUAAAACUGGUAACACACAAGAUUGCUAAAUGCAUCUCCUUUUGUAAAUCCCAGUGACAAGUGUUUCAUUAUGAGAAUCUCGAUAUAGAGUCAAAUUAAUAAUUAUUACACUUACUAAGAUACCUUAAAGGUAUGUUUAUACUAACUUUUUGAUUUAUUAUUAUAUUAAAUGUUGUAUGUUGAUAUCUUACAAAAUUAUAUUGAUUUUCCCAAUAAAAAAGUAUCUAUUGGAGAGUUUGCAUUCCAUUAUAGAAUCUUCAUAAUAAUCGGCCUAGCUUUAAUUUUAAUUUACGAAUAAAAUGUAAAUGUAC